ACUGUUUUUCACUUCAAAGUUGCGAUAAUCGUACGCAAUUUUUACAUUUCUUGCGAAAAAGCGAUAAUCGAGAACCGCAAUUAUGUGAAAAAAUUCAAAUAUAGGUAACAUUUAAGGCUCUGGAGCAAUAUUUUGCCGACAGAAAGGCAUUGAAAACAUAGAAUUAGUUGAAAAGUUUGGGGAUUUGGCAAACAAAAGAAAGAAAAAGUGAAGUGGAGUGAAAAUAAAACUUGAAAGUUGUAAAUUGGGUUGGCAUUGGCAGAUUGACUGGUGUGUCAUCGACAACAACGCAAUAGAGGUCUAACAGCAUAUAAAAGGGCGUCAUCAUACAAAGGGCAGUCUUAAUUCAAUUCAUUAGAAAUUCUAAAAUAAACAUUUGGAGGGGAAAUAAAACGAACACAUCAAAAUGGAUACAGCUGAUGCUUUGAUGGAGGAGAAAAAACUACUGGCGGAAACUAAGUAUCGUAAUUAUAUGUCAAAUAUUGAUAAAGCAUUGCGCAACUUUGAAUAUUCGAGCGAGUGGGCUGACCUGAUAUCGGCGCUUGGAAAGCUUAGCAAGGCCAUAUCCAGCAAUACACAAUAUCAGGUGAUACCGCGACGCAUAAAAAUCUCCAAACGUUUGGCGCAAUGCAUGCAUCCAGCACUGCCAUCUGGAGUGCAUUUAAAGGCGCUGGAGACGUACGAUGUCAUCUUCAGCAAAACUGGUGCAGAGCGUUUGGCGCAAGAGCUCUUCAUCUACAGCGCCGGCCUCUUUCCGCUACUUGGCUAUGCAGCAAUGAAUGUGCGUCCCGCAUUGUUAGGCAUUUACGAGACCUACUUUGUGCCACUGGGUGAUAAAUUGCGUCCAGCGCUGAGUGGCUUUCUUAGCGGUGUGCUGCCUGGCUAUGAGAAUGGCUUGGAUCACUUCGAUCGCACUAACUUACUACUGACACAAGUUUGCACCGCCGUCAAUCCUACACACUUCUACUCGGUGCUCUGGGAAUGUAUGGCUACAAAUGCCUCCAUUCGCUUGCCUGCCGUCACCUAUCUACUGGAGCAUUUCAACAAGCGUCUGAGCAUGCAAGAGCAAGUAUUUAUUAUGGGACACAAUCGCGAUAUUAUGAUGUCGGGUUUGUGUGCUUGUCUCAAUGACAGCGUGAUUUUAGUGCAACGCAAUACGCUCGAAUUUUUGUUACUCGGAUUUCCUAUGCAUACCAUCUACUUAACCGAAUCUGAUCUAAUUAAGUUGGUCACAAACGGUUUGAAUACUAUUUUGCGACGCGAUAUGUCAUUGAAUAGGCGUUUGUAUUCGUGGUUGCUGGGCAGCGAAGUGGCAAAGAACUCACCGACAUAUGACACAACAUCCUUAGAUGGUGCACCAGCUGAGACGGAAACGUAUUUUGAAAAGCAUUCAAAACACAUCGUAAUACAAUCCUUGAUUUGUACAUUGAAAUUCAGCUUGGAGAGCACACCCGUGGAUUUGAAGCCUUAUCGCAUUAUGGUUUCACUGCUGGACAAAGCUGAAAUUGGCAGUGCAGUGUUGGAUCAUGUGCUGUGCGACAUUAUACGCACCAUGUCGCUAUCGAGCAGCAGUAAUGUGGAGGUGGUAAAGUCGGCUAAUCUGCUCUUUGCCACAUUCGAUCCGGCGUAUAUUUGGAGUUUUAUGACCACCAUGUAUGACAAGUCCUGCAAGAAGUCCAACAAAGCUAUGAACCGCUCACAAUCCAGAGGUAGAUUAUCCCGCAGCAUCUCGCGCAGCAGCACUGAAACCAAGUUUCAAUGUGAAGUCGGCUCAGGAGAUCCGAGUCUGGUAGAAAUAUGUUACCUCACUGAAUUCCUUUUGGAAACCAUCUCCUUGGAAAUGUACAACGAGACGACGCGUAUUUAUUUGCCAAAAGUAUUUCUAGCUAUCACGCAGAUGCUCACCAUACAUCUGGAUAAUAUAAGCAGCGAUGAAAUUACCGCUUCCUUAAAGCUGUGCAUGAAAAUCGUUUCCCGUGUACAGCCCAUGAUCACUAGCCCCAUUAAGUUGCUUCCGCGUGCCAAUCACGGCUAUUACUCGUCUUCGGAUGAGAAGGGCGGCAGCGCCAACAAGGGCGUGCUUAAGAAUACAUCGAUCGCACAGGUUGCAGGCGCUAUGUUUGCACUAGAGAAGAGCAAAUCUGAUUCCAAGCUAAAUCAUUUUUCGGGUGACGAUAGCAGCAUGUCACAUGGCAAAAAUAAAGAAGGGUCCGUGCACAGCGCAUACACCGAACCGCCCAUGCGACGCUCCAACUCUAAUCAACACAUGGAACGCAAAAGUCCUAAGAAGAAGAAGGCCAAAUCGACAUCGAAGUUGUCGGAAUUAGACAAAGAGAUCUGUCCCGACACUGGCCAAAUCAUCGAACCACAAUCAUCUUCAGACUUGGACACGCCGCUAAGCAUUAAAAAAUUGAAAUCCAAAGCAAAAACGCCAUAUAUGCGCAUGCGCACCAGUCCCAAGAAGACGCGCCCCAAGGACAUUGCACUUUCGGGGCCCAAAUCGCUAGAUCCAGCAAUACUUAAAACCACCGACGAAACAGAUGACAUGCCGAAGAGCGCACCCGCCACCGAGCAAUUGUCGAAGGAACGUGAGGAAGAAUUGAUUUUUGAUUAUAACGAAGUGAACGCCAACAAUGAAGAAGAGUUCACUAUUUUGGAGAAAUGCAUACGCCAAUACGAAAUCUUUUUCGAACUCUAUCUAACGCGUCAUGUGCUACAGAUCAGACAAGCGACUGCUGUAGACGAAGAAAAGUGUCGCAUCAAAGUCGAAGUUGAACGCGAUCAGCCGCUCAGUGUGGAGCAUAUUUUCCAGAACGAACAGAUAUAUGAGGACCUAAGCCCAGAGCGCUUGUUAGAAAUCGAACGAUUGUUCGACACAUUACGCGUGAAUAUAAUGAGUCGUUCCAAGCAGCUGCACAGUUUGCUCAAUCGCUCAUUGGGCCACUCGGUUAACGCAUCCACGGCCACCGACUCGACUACCAGCGACGCCAGUGAUGACGGCGAUGAGUCGCAAGAUGCAAGGGUUUUGCAAAAAUGCGAUGACCGAACCGAACGACGCAUUCAAGCGCUCAUGGACUUACGUUUAUCGAAUAGCCUGCGUAACGCAAUCAAAUUGGCUGCCAAUUUGUUAGUGGAAAUGUCAACAUUCCCCAAUUGCAAUAAGAAUAUUGUGCUGGACAAGACUGACAAGGACAUACCGAGUUGGCUCAAGGUGUUGUGCCUCGCAGCGGCAUACACGCAAAGCGACAAAGAAUUGCAACUGUCCACAAUUACAACGCUCUUCGAUUUGAUCAGCCUCUUGAAGUCGCAGAUUGAGCACACAACCAGUCCUGGCGUCACUUUUGUGGUGAUGCUGCCUCUGCUCAAAUUCGGGCACGUGAAUUACAUUGAACACAAGACGCGCAUCUUCCAGCUGGUCAUCUCAGUGCUGUGGAACUACUUGGGUGAGGCGGGCAUCGAUCCUGCACAGAUAACAGCAUUGCUCUAUCAGCUGCACAACUGUCUGGAAAGCGGCCUGGUCGAGACCACCAUCGGCAAUCGUAUGUAUGCGCACAGUAUGCACCAACAAUUCGCUGCCGCCGACGCCUUGGCAGCCACCGGCUGGGGUGAGCAAUACAGCAGCUUGCUGCCCCAAACCGCCUUGCGUAAUUACCGCUACGACCGCGCACGCGAUGUACAGUUGGUGUGUGCCUCACCAGCGCGUCCAGUAUCACGGGCCGCCAUUGAACAACUAAAGGAGAGCGAAUCGAAGAGUUUUCGCAAAUUCGAAUUGCUCUGGCAUUUGGGACGCGAUAAGCAGCCAUCAAAGGGCUUCGAGAAGACGCUGUUAAAGGUGCUAGAUACACUGGCGCUGCCGCAAUAUAUGUCCGUACGCACUUGCGUCACUAAAUGGCUACAGUCCGCACUGCUGCGCGGCGAUUUGCCACGCCUCAUUAAGCCGCUGUACAAGAUACUACUGGGCCCACAGACAAAACGUAUCAGCAUAAUGCAUCUGCAUUUGCUGCAGCAGGAGCACGGCGAAGAGGGCGCAGGGCGUUCGAAGGCGGGCGAUAAUCAACAACAAGGCGGUAACAAAGGCGACAGUUGUCUGGAGCGUGAUGUGUACGCCAUUAGCUCGGAAUAUGGAAACAUAAAGUAUCACAUGGACACGUCGAGCAGCAAGAAGCGGAGCCCGAUACGAAGUUUUCACAAAAAAAUAUUCGGCGUUACUUUGAGCAGCAAAAAUAAGACAUCAAAUUUUGUGAGCGACAAAACACUACCACAAACCAUUGCUGCAACUGAAGCGCCGGACGCAACCAUAGGGCUAAUAGUCAAUCCCUUAGACAAUUCGCCGGACUUUGAUGACGAAGGUGACAUUGAGACAGAGUGCGAAAUGCGGGAAAUGUCGCUGAAAAACGACUCACAGUCCAUGGCAAAAGCAACAAAUCAGUCACAAAGUGCGAAAGCCACAGAGCAGGAGCAGCAAAACGACGAUGCGGCCCCGGAGGAUGACGAUGACAAGGAAGAGUUGGAUGCGCAUGACUUCGAACGCGACUUCACAGAUGAUUCCGAGAGCAGCAUGUUCGAUUCGGAGUCGGAAAAUCGCGAAACGAGCGUUGAAAAGGAUGACAGCUUGACGAUAAGCUCCAGUACUGGCGCCGGAAAUGGCACCGCUGCAGUCGGCGGCAAUCUCAAGCGUUUCGUGGGCGAUUGCGAGCGCGUAACUGAACUACUUUCGCAACACGAGCGCACGAAGAAUCGCAAAACUUACAGGCUAACACGCGAAAAAACGCCUGGUGAUUCAAGUUUGGCUUCCGUCAAUUCAACAACAGACGAACAAUCCUCGCUAGGUCUUCAGGGUCAAAAUUGUGUACUCGACGACUCUGCGCAUGCUGCCGAUGAAUAUUUCAAUGCCGCAAGCAAUGCGAGCGGCAGCGAUGUAGCAGCAGUGGAGACGAUUGUCAAAGAUUUGGUGGAGCAAAUACAGACGCCGCCAGGUGAUGCCUCGCAACAUCGGGACGAAGAAACGCAUAAGCAUAAACCACAACGCGCGCAGGGCACGACAAAGUUGCACAAAAAGAAGCACGCGGCCGUCAAAAAAUCACCUGGCAGUGGUGACAAGAAACGCAUGAGCUGCCUUUCGAAAACCUCCACUGAUAGCAACAACAGUUACUCUGGUUUAGCUGAACCGCAUAGCUUACAGGAGGAGCACAUCGCCUGCAAUUCGCUGCAAAGCGACGAUGACGAUGACGAAUUGUAUGAGUCGCGCUCACAAUCCAACUCGCUCACGACUGCUUCCACAAUCAAUGUUGAAGAUAAACGACGCACUCUGAGCCUGGAGACAAGUCAAAAGCCCAACAACCAGAAAUCCGAAUGGGGGCUCACUCAGGAAACACUGGAGAAAAGCAAGCAGAAUUUACAAAUACUGCGACAAAAUGCGGCAGCGCAGCAGCAACAGAACGGCGUUGGCGACGCGGGCAGCAAACGCUCUUCUAUGAAAAGUGGCAAUUCCAGCAUAAGCGUAGGUGAUGCAUCCGCGCGUCUAGCCGCGGACCAGAUGCCCUGUUACUACCAACACAUGCUCAUCUACGCAGGUGGCGCCUACGACACCAAGCAAACGCUAUAUGCGUUCCAAACGCUGCGCAAUAUUAUCACUUGUGACACGCGCACUUUCCUUUGCCUAUCGAUCACCACUUCGGUCGCUAGUGGCACGCUGAAGCAGCUGCUUAUACGACAUCGCAAAUGCAUGCAGGGCAAAGGUUUCAACGGCAGCAUCAGUAAUACAGACUAUGCGCAGAGCUAUCGCGCUUGCAUGCAUCUGGAGGUGCUUGUGACCAUUUGUCUUUACUACGCGCGCGGUUUCUUCCACCAUGAAGCGCGCUAUGCAGACAGUGCGGCAAACGCGCCCGGCGCCGAAGACGUGAUGGGCAACUGCCGCGUGCAGCUCGAGAGCGUCGAGCUGCUGUCGCUAAUAUGCGCCGAGCUGAUUGACAUUGUGCGUGGCAUGGGCAAAGGACUCGCCUGCUACAUCGCCGAUUUGAUGGCGCGUUGCAAGCUGCAGAAGGUUAUACUGCACUGCCUCAACUCCUCGGUGAGCAUAUUCAACGGGCAACAGCGGCAGCACCGGCAAUACGCCGACUCUCUGCCAGCACGCAUUCUCAACUUCAAUAAUCCACUGGACGAUCAAUUGCACGCUGAAUCGUUGCAGCUGCAGCUACUGCGCCUGCUCAUGUCUGUGAUAAAACUCGAAUAUGAGGUUCAGCUGUUGAAACAGGAGGGCAACGGCGCAAAUGUGAAUGGCGCUGCCAGCGGGAAAGAGGACUCCUCGGGUAAUAUAUCGCCAACACGUCUCUCCAACUUUGCCAGCGAUGCAAGCGCCACCAAUGUGAAAUAUUUGCCCAACUGUCUGAUAAGCCAACAGCCAAUGUUCUUGGCAGCGGUGUUAAGUGCACUGCAGAAUGAGCAGCUACGUCAUCUGCAUCGCAACUGGACCGAUCUAGUGACUGCGUCACUGAAUUGCUUCAGCUGCGGAUCGCUCACGAACAUUGUAAUUAGUGUCGUGCAUCAACUUUGUCACAACAUUGACCGCAUUGCCAAGCUGACACUGAAGGAGCAGAGUGGCUUCCCGCCCGACUAUGUCGUCUCGCAGCUAGAAGCCAUCACUAUUCUCUGCCACUACUGCCUACUCGACAACACACAACAGACUACGCUCUCACACCUUUUCAACCAGGCCUACCCACAAACCAGUGUUUCGGCACAGAGCUCGAAUACCGGACAGUUGCUCAACAGUAUUGUGCAUUCAUUCCUCUCUAGCGCUGCUGCCGCCGCCGCCGCCACAUCGCAAUCAUCCGAAGCGCAGGCGCCACGAAACCCGCAAUUGCUGGCUGCGCGCAAUGCAGUGCUCUCACAUCUCUCGCGAAUCGUCACAAGCGUUGCUGCUAUCUGGGACAGCGAAUUGGGUCAGGUGCGCCCGGUGAAGCAACAGUUGAUGGAAUUCCUCUCACCGGUAUCGCUGCAUCACGGUGCUAACUUCCUAGCGGCCGUGGCAGUUACUUGGCAAGAGCGCGGUGAAGCGCACAUCAAGCGCGCAAAGCCGCUUUCUAUGCUCAGCAUUACCGAACAGUAUCAGCGCAAUUCGGCGCCACAAGCAUGCGCUGAGCAGCUCAGCCUCGUAACGCUCGUCUCCAGCAUACGUGUGAUGCCCAUGGACUCAUUUGUGCAAACGCUGCACCAGGUAGUGCGCAACCCACCACCCAUACACCGCCCGCCCGUGCAGCUCACCAUCGAAGUGAGCGCACUGGAGCUAUUCUACUUUUACAUGAAAUCGGCGCCCGCACCACAGCUUGGUGAUUCGUGGAGCUCUCUAUUAGCCUUGCUGCGCGAUGGCCUCAGCUUGUCGCCACCAGCACAAUUUGUGUUGCUCAUGUUGCUCAAUGAAUUCGUACAGCGCUGCCCGCAAAUGCCAUUCCCUGACAAAAAGGAUAUACGCGAUUUGCAUGAUGUGACCGCGCGGCUAGUCGAUUCGCUGUCAAAUGUGGCCGGUUCUUGUCUGGAACAAACCACUUGGCUGCGCCGCAAUCUCGCUGUCAAAGAGGACAUCGCACCUGCGCGCUCUGAAGGAAGCGUGCGCGAUAGCAUUGGCGGCCAACAGCAACAAUAUGCGGUGCAAGCGCAGAGCGUGUUGGCGGCUACGUUGGCUAAUCUGCUUGAUGUGGCGUACGGCUCUCAAGAGAAGGAUAAGGUGGUGAAUAUUAUAACGACGCUGCUGUACAACAUCACGCCGUAUUUGAAGAAUCACACAGCGCGCAAUGUACCUUCAUUCUAUGCAAGCUCCAGUCUGCUAGCCAGCCUCAGCGGCUAUCAGUACACGCGCAAGGCAUGGCGCAAGGAUAUGCUGGAUUUGCUGCUCGACAACACCUUCUUCCAGUUAGACAUUUCCUGCCUGCCCUUCUGGAAGCAGAUCAUGGACAGCCUGAUGACAUAUGACAACACAACAUUCCGCGAGUUGAUGAGUCGGGUUUCGCUCACACAAACCGGCAGUUUGAAUAUUUUUACGUCGCGCGAACAGGAGUACGAACAGCGCGCCAUGCUGCUGAAGCGAUUGGCAUUUGUGAUAUUCUGCAGUGAAUUCGAUCAGUACCACAAGUAUAUGCCCGAGAUACAAGAACAACUCGCCAACAGCUUGCGCCUACUUUCCAUGAUACCCUCCGUGCAGGCGGCCGUUUUUCUUUGCUUCCGCGUGCUCUUGCUGCGCAUGUCUGCCGACCAUGUGACUUCGUUAUGGCCCAUCAUCAUCGCCGAAAUGGUGCAUGUAUUUUUGGCUAUGGAGCAGGAAUUGAAGUCCGACAGUGAAGACUUGAGUCAACAAAUGCGUUUACUAUCCGGCAUGGAUAUUUCGUGGUCAUCGAACUCCUCUGGCAAUGGUUUGAGUUCGCAAAAUCAAGUAACACACUGGCGUUCGGUGCAACUGGAGGCAUCUAAACUGCUCGAACUGGGCUGUGUGCUACCUGCCACGAAUUUGCCACACUUCCAAAUGUAUCGCUGGGCCUUUGUCGGCACCGAAUUCGAUGUGCAUGAAGAGGUGCCAAUUAUGAAUGGCAGCACCGAUGACCAGACAGUCACUGCUACGCUGCCAACGACAAUCUAUGUGCCACAUAUACGUCGCAUUGGACGUCUAAUGGACAUGAAAUAUGCAGUGCACUCGCCGACCAACAAUACGAAGCGUGGCCGACAUUUGAUGCUCACCUGCCAGCAAAUCAAUUCGCUGCAGGAUUUAUACGGUUUCUUUUCAACACUUAGCGUCAAUUGCCCCAAUCCACAUAAUCAUGCUGACAUCGACAAAGAGGUGUCCAGCUGCUUGGCCGAAAUUGAAGAUGUGCUAGCUAAGGAUUUCCUUGAGAAGAUGCAAACGAGCACAACGCCUAGGUGAAAAUUAGUUACUACGAUACGGGAAGUCGCUGGCGAAUUGGAGACGAGUGGUAGCGCUUUCAGCAGUCGCGUCACAGCAGCCUGUCACUUCAAACUAUUGCAUUACCAUCACCAGCAGCCGUCGCACGCCGAAACGAGCUACACGCUCAGCAGCAGUCACAGCACCACCACAACUACAACUAAGAAGAGUAAUUUCCCAUUCUACGUUUGAAGCAACUAGCCAAGAGCAACAGGUGAAGGCAGUGGAGAGCAGUGGAACAUAGAAUAUGCAUACAUAAAUACGAGUAUAUAAAUGUGUCAAGUAACGUGCGUUGGGUUGGAGUAGGAAUGAAUUCAAGAGUGAAACGUAUUACACUUUUAUAACUUUUAAGCUAAAUGGAUAUUAAAGAAAAAUCACACUAAAAAUACUUACCAAUAUUACGCUCUGUAUUUAUAAUUAAUUAUUAUUAGCUAAAAUGCAAAGAAAAAGUUAAUUGCUAUAACUGCGUAUUAAAGUGCGAGAGCUGCAUUACUAUCAAACACUUAUAUCUACAUUACAUACAUACAUACAUGCAUACAUAUACAUACAUACUAUUUGAAUGACUACAUACAUUUAAAUAAAUCUAUAUAUGAUAAUCCCGAUAGUUGUAACGAUGAUGAUGUUGAUUGAAAACUAAACAAAGUAGCUGAAAGACGGGUGGUGUCAAUGUUGGUGAUGGUGGUGGUGAUGGUAGUGGUGUUUGGUGAGUGGUAAAUACAAACAUAUGUACAUGCAGCAAAACCGCCCUCACCCAUUGCCUCACCAACUGUCACUGUGUGCAAUUAUGAUUGUUAAAUAUAUAUACAUACAUAUAUGUUCAA